CACAGAUAGUGGGAACGACCGCAGUGAAUCACUACCCCGUCGUCUUCAACGAAUUGGUCGUAGCAGAUUCGAAACCGAGCGCGGAGCGAAGAUUAAAGAAUAUGAAUAUUUGAUAUCUUUGUUGAAAUUGUUCGCUCUGAGCAUUGCAAGGGAAGUGUAGAUAACAUCCAUACAUGAGCAGAUGCUCCUAAUUCAACCAUGAAGCGUUAUGUUUAUAUCAAUGAUGAUGAAUCAUCACAUGAUAUUUUCUGUGAUAAUCGUAUAUCCAACAGAAAAUAUACUGUAUUGAAUUUUAUCCCAAAAAAUUUAUGGGAACAGUUUAGCCGGUUCAUGAAUCAGUACUUUUUGCUGAUAGCUUGCCUGCAGCUAUGGCCUCUCAUUACUCCAGUAAAUCCUGCCAGUACAUGGGGUCCACUGAUCUUUAUUUUUGCAGUCUCUGCAACAAAAGAGGCAUGGGAUGAUUACAAUAGAUAUCUUUCGGACAAGAAGGCAAAUGAGAAGGAAGUUUGGGUUGUCAGGCAGGGUGUGAAGAAACUAAUCCAAGCCCAGGAUAUUCGUGUAGGUAGUAUAGUUUGGCUACGUGAAAAUGAUGAAGUUCCUUGUGACCUUGUUUUGAUUGGUGCCUCUGAUCAACAGGGACUUUGCUAUGUAGAGACUGCUGCACUGGAUGGUGAAAUUGAUCUGAAGACACGGGUCAUACCUUCUGCUUGCAUGGGAAUUGAGUUUGAACUAUUGCACAAAAUCAAGGGUGUAAUUGAGUGCCCUAGUCCAGAUAAAGACAUAAGAAGAUUUGACGCAAACAUGCGGUUGUUCCCCCCAUUUAUUGAUAAUGAUAUAUGCCCUUUAACCAUAAAAAACACAGUUCUUCAGUCAUGUUACUUACGAAAUACUGAGUGGGCAUGUGGAGUGGCUAUAUAUACAGGCAAUGAAACCAAGAUGGGUAUGAGUAGAGGCAUCCCAGAACCAAAGCUCACUGCUAUGGAUGCCAUGAUUGACAAGUUGACUGGAGCUAUAUUUGUAUUCCAAAUUGUUGUUGUUAUGGUUCUUGGCAUAGCGGGUAAUGUUUGGAAGGAUACAGAAGCAAAGCAACAAUGGUAUGUUCUUUACCCAGAUGAAGGCCCUUGGUUUGAACUAUUGGUCAUACCUUUGCGGUUUGAGCUUCUUUGUUCCAUCAUGAUACCUAUUUCAAUCAAGGUAUCUCUGGAUCUGGUGAAGAGCUUAUAUGCUAAAUUUAUUGAUUGGGACCAUCAUAUGAUUGAUCUGGAGACUGGUAUUCCAUCCCAUGCAACAAAUACAGCAAUAAGCGAGGACCUCGGACAAGUUGAGUAUAUUUUGACUGACAAAACAGGCACACUGACUGAGAAUAAGAUGAUAUUGAAAAGAUGUUUUAUCAGCGGCAUUUUCUAUGGAAAUGACAAUGGAGAUGCACUGAAAGACAUAGAGCUUCUCAAUGCUGUUUCAAACGGUUCUCCUGAUGUUAUACAAUUUCUUACAAUUAUGGCGAUUUGUAAUACUGUCGUGCCUACGCGAAGUAAAACUGGAGAUGUCUUGUACAAGGCACAGUCUCAGGAUGAGGAUGCUCUUGUUCUUGCUGCUGGUAAACUGAAUAUGGUUUUCUUCAACAAGAAUGGAAACAUUCUAGAAGUCAAGUUCAACUCUUCAGUACUUCAGUACGAAGUCCUGGAAACCCUAGAGUUCACCUCUGAUAGGAAAAGAAUGUCAGUAGUGGUGAAAGAUUGCCAAAAUGGAAAGAUCCUUCUUCUGUCAAAAGGUGCAGAUGAGGCAAUUCUUCCAUUUGCUCGCACUGGGCAGCAAACCCGAAACUUCAUUGAAGCUGUGGAGCAAUAUGGUCACUUGGGAUUACGUACACUAUGUUUGGCUUGGCGUGAUUUAAAGGAAGAUGAAUAUCAAGAAUGGUCUUUGAUGUUUAAAGAGGCCAGUGGUACCUUGGUUGAUAGGGAGUGGAGAGUUGCUGAGGUCUGCCAAAGACUAGAACAUGAUUUUGAAGUUCUUGGUGUAACAGCAAUAGAGGAUCGCUUACAGUAUGGAGUGCCUGAAACAAUAGAAACACUAAGAAAAGCUGGACUGAAUUUUUGGAUGCUUACUGGAGACAAGCAGAGUACUGCAAUACAAAUUGCCCUGUCAUGUAAUUUUAUUUCCCCAGAACCCAGGGGACAGCUUUUAUCGAUUGAUGGCAAAACAAAGGAUGAGGUUCAUACAAGUUUGGAGAGAGUGCUUCGUACAAUGCAGAUAACUGCCUCAAAACCUAAGGAUGUGGCUUUUGUUGUUGAUGGCUGGGCUCUUGAGAUUGCACUUAAGCACUACCGUAAAGCUUUUACUGAGCUGGCAAUAUUAUCUAGGACUGCUAUAUGUUGUCGUGUGACGCCAUCGCAAAAAGCGCAGCUUGUUCAGAUCUUAAAAUCAUGUGAUUAUAGAACACUGGCAAUUGGUGAUGGUGGGAAUGAUGUAAGGAUGAUACAGCAAGCAGACAUCGGUGUUGGCAUUAGUGGCAAAGAAGGAUUGCAGGCAGCGAGGGCAGCUGAUUACAGUAUCGGAAAGUUUAGGUUCCUGAAAAGAUUAAUUCUUGUCCAUGGCCGGUAUUCUUACAACCGUACAGCAUUUCUUUCUCAGUAUUCAUUCUAUAAGUCCCUACUGAUAUGUUUCAUCCAAAUCUUUUUUUCAUUUAUUUCAGGUGUCUCUGGAACCAGCCUCUUCAAUUCUGUUAGCUUGAUGGCCUAUAAUGUUUUCUACACUAGUGUUCCUGUUCUAAUCAGUGUGCUUGACAAAGAUCUUAGUGAGGAAACUGUGAUGCAGCAUCCUCAAAUUUUAUUUUAUUGCCAAGCGGGGAGGCUUCUAAAUCCUAGUACAUUUGCUGGAUGGUUUGGGCGAUCUCUCUUCCAUGCAAUAGUUGUGUUUGUAAUAAGCAUACAUGCCUAUGCCUAUGAGAACAGUGAAAUGGAGGAGGUUUCAAUGGUUGCACUUUCUAGUUGUAUAUGGUUGCAGGCUUUUGUAGUAACAAUGGAGACCAAUUCCUUCACAAUAUUGCAGCAUCUUGCAAUAUGGGGCAAUUUGGCUGCCUUUUAUGCCAUUAACUGGAUCUUCAGUACUCUUCCUUCGUCAGGGAUGUAUACAAUUAUGUUUCGGUUGUGUCAACAACCAUCAUAUUGGAUAACAAUUUUUCUCACAGUUGCAGCUGGGAUGGGUCCAAUUCUAGCCAUCAAGUACUUUCGAUAUACAUAUAGACCAAGCAAAAUCAAUACGCUUCAGCAGGCUGAACGUUUGGGUGGGCCAAUUUUGUCUCUCGCUACCAUUGAGUCUCAGCCCAGAUCUAUAGAGAAAGAUAUUUCACCCUCAUCAAUAACUGAACCCCAAGACAGAAAUACUGUUCAUGAAAAUAUGUUAUCAGAUUCUCUAAAUUCCACCAGAAGAUCUUUUGGAACAGGAACACCAUUUGAUUUUUUUCAGUCACAGUUAAGAUCAUCCCUAUCUAGCUACACAAGAAAUAAGGACAAGUGAAUCUACAGCAAUUGUAAGAGCUUUAGGUGCCGUAGUUUAGGUGUAUAUCCCUUUUGAUCUAAAUUAACGAAUUGGAUUUUUAGUUUUCCUUGUAUAACUGAUUUCAGAAAUUUAUUUUUUAUUUAAUCUUUUAUGUGGGUUUUUUUUUUUUUCCAAUGUAUCUCCAACGUCAUUGAUA